AUGAACUUAAAUGAUUUAUUUUCUCUGCAGGCAGAAAACUGACAAAGCCACACGCCUGAGCAGCAUUGGUGAGAAACUGUUGUGGUUUCAGGAACAGUUGGAUCCAGCGAAGACGACGUACACCAGGAGAGACGCUUGUGACGUUAUCGAGAGGUACCUGCAAAGAUUCGAUUCUGAACUGGAGCAGAUCGAGUUGAUGAACGGGAUCAAAGGUCGUCAGGGUCGUCUCCAUGGAGCCAGAGAGGCUGUCAUCAAACAGACCAUCGAGCGGGAGCGAGCGCAGUACGAGGGAGUGGGAUUUGAGAUCCCAGACAUCAUCAACACAAAGCAUCUGAAAACGUUCAGAGAGUGGACAGGAGAUCUGAAGAAACUUCCAAACAUUAAACUACGAAAUGUUUCCAGCAAAGGUCUGGACGCAAAUACCGAGAAAGAAGAGAAACACGCAGCAGCAGCAGCAGCAGAAGAGAAAGAAGAGGAGGACGAAGAUGAUUUGGAAGACGAGCAGGGGGAUGAGAUGAAUCAGAUGUCGGACUCUGACUAAUUCUCUGAAUUCUGGGAAACUUUACAUCAAACACCUCCAGCAAAGACUGUUUGUGAGAAGAUGCGGCUGCUCCACUACUGUCCAGGAGGUGGCGCCAACAUCCCACAUAUGGAAACUUCUCCUCUCAGUUUGUCUUUUUCUAAAUUUCCUGGUUGUUUAAAUGAUGUAACAUCAGCCUGUGAGGGGUCUACAUUCAUUGUUUAUUACAUAAACAUAAUGCAUCAUGUGUAACCUGAAUAAUCCAGUUUAUCCAGUAAGAGAUAGAAAAAACUAUUUUCACAAAGACGUUGAGUGCUCUACAUGAGAGAAAAUUGUAUUUUUGUGACUUGACUGUGACUCUGGUUCAAAAACCAAACUGUAGAAAAGUGGACGAGUGUAAACAACUAUUGUCUUCAGCAGACUGACGCUCAGUCAGUCGCUCACGGCCUCCGUUCAAACUGAGACACAAACAGUUGAAACCCAAUGUCAAACGUGAACAAAUGGAAACAGUGAAUUCAAUCAUGUGUGACAGACGUCGCAGGAGGACGUAAAACUGCAGUCAGAGACAAACGUCACCACACUACUGGAGGUUCACUAUUUUAAGACAUUCAUAACUUUCCUGCCAGUAAAUAACUUUUCAAAAAACAUAACAUUUUCAAAUAUUUAGAUAGAACUAAAGAAACAGUUUCCUCUAGUUAUAAAAUAUAUAUAGAGACUUUGGUGUCUGAAGACCCGAUGGUCCAAAGUGAGAGAAGACGUCAGUAGGCUUCAAACUAAAACCUUUGUUUUUAACAGCAUCAGAAAUCCUCUUUAUUCACAAAGCAAAUGUAAAUGUGUGUGUGUGUGUGUAAAUCUCAAACGCUUGUUUUCAGUUCUUCACUCGUGUGAACGACAAUGAGGAGACUUGAAAUGGCUGCUUCAGAAAAUAACAUCAAGUCUUUACGUCUGUGCACGUGUGAAGUGAGCGACAAACGUGUGACAUAAACAGACUAGUGUGUGUCCACUGUCUACAUCUGCCCCUACACACAAAUCCAGAUGUGUUUUCAUACAUAUAAAUGGAUGUAACACUAUGAAUAGAUUAAACGUGUGGAAAAA